GUGGUCGGCUACUUGCCUCAGCUUAUCCGUCUGUCUUUGUUGCGUGGUGUUGCUGAAGAAUUCUUGUAGUUGUAGGUACUUUUUCCCUGGCCUGCCUGAGAGUCUCUUGCUUCUGUGAAUCUCGGUCGCAGCUGAUUAUGGCAGCUGUGUGAUAGUUUCUUUUUUUUAUCGCCGCCCCGUCGGUGCGUAUGCGGAGUACGGAAAUACGCAUUUUUUUGCUCGCGCGUAUGAUCGCUGCCGCAUACAUCGACGACGGGCGACGGCUGCGCCAAUUUUCUCCAGACGACCCGGCUACGGGAAACGGGAGCGAUACUUCAAUUUCUCCAGACCCAGGCUCCAGAUUCCGGCACACCAGAUUCCGGGACGCCGAUCAGUGCGUAGGGGCCACAGUUCGUAAGGGCCCUGGUCUGAGCAGUCGCCCUGGUCUCAGGGGCCCUGGUUUACACCGUUACCGCUUUGCAAAAUAAAAUCCCAGCAACAGGACAAAAAAAGUCAUGCGAUUACCUUACCACAUCAAGCACACCCACAUGGGCAUUGAUCGAAAUAUAAAAAUAUCGAAUUCCAGCUUCUGCAAGGAUCAACCCACUUACCUAGCGUCAACUAUGUAUGCUCGGCACUCGGAGUCGGUUUGGCUCAUUCUAAUGCAUUCUACCAAUAAAUUAUGAUUUUCUACUUCAUAAAAACACGAAACCGUGGUGGAGGAGAAGAAGAACAGCUUGCGUCCAUGCCUUUCUCGUUUCCAAAAUUAGGAAGUGAUCUACGACUCUUUGAUUAUACUGGUUUGAGUUUCUAGUUGUUAAAGGUUAGUACGACUUUUCCAUCGUUAGUAGGUGUGAUGUGCACACAUGCAUCCGGGUUUCCUUGAAAUUUAUACUGGGGAUGUUUCAUGACCACCCGGCCGUGUAUUUUCAAGUUUUUGUUUUGAAUGCGACUGCCACACAACUACAAAAGAAGUCGCAGAAAAUGUUUCUUGACCGGCCAAAUUUUUUUUUCUUUUUCUGUUUCUUUCCUUCCAUUGCAAGAGGCACCGCUGAUAAUCGCGUCUGUUGGGUACGUCAUUCAGUCAUUCUCUAUAGGAUGAAGCUCUCGCUAUCGGCCUUUUUUUCAACAUUUUCAGACAAGUCACGUAGUCCUUCUGUGUGUGCUGG